CUCGGCGCCGGGGCUGUGUUAACAUACCGGAACUCAGACGCGAGGGACCUGGGAGGGAGCUGGUGAUUUGAGGGGCAGGAGAAGAUUAAAUGCAUUUAUGGAAAAAGAAAAAUUGGAUGGUAAGAUAACAGUAGAAUGUUGUAACACUGCAGUGGCUUCCUCAGUGGAAAAGAACAUGUUUGUAAACAAAGUGUGGGUUCAAUGUGAGAAUGAAAGUUGUUUGAAAUGGAGAUUGUUGACAAGUGGAGAUGCAGUCAAAGUUGAUCACAAUGAACCAUGGUAUUGCUUCAUGAACACUGAUUCAAGAUAUAAUAAGUGCUCUAUUUCUGAAGAAGACUUUCCUGAGGAGUCUCAGCUUCAUCAAAGCGGUUUUAAGAUUGUCUAUUCACAGCUACCUGUUGGAAGCCUUGUUUUGGUAAAAUUACAGAAUUGGCCAAGUUGGCCAGGGAUACUUUGCCCUGAUCCUUUUAAAGGGAAAUAUGUGACCUAUGACCUGGAUGGAAAUGUUGAACAGUAUCACAUAGAAUUCCUGGGUGAUCCCCAUUCAAGAUCAUGGAUAAAUGCAACAUUUGUUGAAUAUUAUAGUAUCACAUUAAAGCCAGAAAAAUGUAAGAAUAAAAAGAAGUGGUAUAAAAGUGCACUACAAGAAGCAUACCUACUUUAUGGAUAUUCUCCUGAGCAAAGACUGGAAAUGUGCUACCUAUCAAAAGAGGAUAAAUCCAAAACAGAUGGCAGAGUUGCAGUGGUGGCCAAGAAAAGGAUGCAAGUUUCCAAAAAUAAUACUGAAAAGAAAAGGUCCAAAUUUAGAAAAAAGAAGAGGAAAGCUAUUUUAAAAUACUCUUUUGAAAAUGUUUGUUCAGAUGAUGCCUUAUCAAAGGAAAACAUGGUUGUCUCUGAAACAGAAUUGUUACUAAAAGAGCUGGAGCAGAUGCUACAGCAGGCUCUAGAGCCCACAGCAAUACCUGAUGAGUCUGAAGAGGAAUGUGGAGAGGAAAUAAAUGCAAGAGAAAAGUUAUCUAAAUGCAGCCCUGAAGCUUCUGCAUGCAGUCCGUUCGAAAACCACUGUGAAGAAGACUAUCUUGUAAUUGAUGGGAUAAAAUUAAAAGCUGGGGAAUGUAUUGAGAGUAUAACUAACAAGUUUAAAGAAAUAGAUGCUUUGAUGUCUGAAUUUUAGGGCAUUAUAGAUGUUUUCAGAUGUUAAUUAUAAAAACAUUUACGUCUUCAUAUUUUUCCAAAAUCAAAAACUUAAAAAAAAUGUUUAGUGAAAUAGGUAUGUAUCAUACCAAAGUUGAUAUUUGUAAUAACAUUCUACUUCAUAUUUUGAGACUAUCUAGUGUUUUGAGAGUCAACCAAAUGAUAUCUAAGUUAGUGUUAAAAUUUAGAACUUAAGAAAUCCUGAUUGUAGAUUUUUUCUUGUUCGCCCUAAUUUUCAAAUGGUUUAUGAAACUUGCUAUACAAACACAUGCUUUACAAUAAUUAUUUAAGCCCUGUACUCAAGUGUGGCUGUUAAAAUGGUUGCCAAGGCUAUUAUAAUUCUUAUAAUUUAAAUAUACUUAGAAAAUGUGUAUUUGUAGUGGAAUUAAGG